AUGAAUGUUAAAUAAAAAGUAUAGAUAUGCCUUUCCAAAUAUAAUAAUUUCAAGUAAAAAAUAAAAAAAACAAAAAAUAAAUAAAAUAAAAAGUCAUAUACAAACCCAUAAUUAUUAUAAUUUUGUUUAUGGAUUAAAUCAUAAAAUUAAACGAAAAAAAGAGUAAAUAUUCAACUCCCACCAAAAAAUAUUGAAAAUUAAGAAAAUGAAUUAUUAUUUGCCUCAGAUAUAAAUUUUUAAGAUUGUCCUGAGCCAAAAAAUGAAAAUAUAGAGCCUUUUCCAAAGCCAACAAAAUAUAAAGUAUUAAAGCCUUCAUCUCCUUUUAAGUCUUUUAUAAUAGAAAAAAAUUCCAUAGAAUAUUCAAAAAAUGAAUAAAAAGGAAAUAAUUAAUUAUCAAAUGAAAGGGAUUUAUUAAAACAAGAAAAUAAUACACUAAAGUAAUAAAAUAAUAAUCAAUUGCAAGAGAAUAAAUAGAAAUAAUUUCCUUUAUAAAUAUCCUAAAAACAUACAAUUAAUUAAUAAUAAAAUGUCGAAAAUAAAUACUCAUUUUAAUACGCUUUUGAAAAUUCAAAAGAAACUUCAUCACAUUUAAAUAAUAUUUCAUUUCAAGCAGUUGAGCCUUUUCCUGUUUAAAAAGAGUAAACAACACCAGAUGAAAUAAACUAGAAGGCUUUUAUUUAGCAAAUAUUAUAUCCAAAAAAAACUUCUAAUUAGAAUUCUAAAGUUUCAAAAUCACCCAAAAGUAUAACUCUAAAUAAUAAUUCGUAAUAAAUUUAAAUUAAAAAAGAUAUUAUAAACCUUGAAAAAAAUAUUCAAGAUGAAAAUUCUUUUCUAAAAAAAAUAGAAAAAAGUGAAUAAAAAUUAAAAUAAAAUAGAUCUUAUUCACACCAAGAGGAAAAAUAAUAGGAAAAAAAUAUCUAAAUACCACCUUUUACGGAUAAUAUAAGAGAUAAAUGCCUAUUAUGGUUAUAUGAAAUUAAUCUUAUUAAAAAAGACAUAAAAAAUAUUAAAGAAAAGCUUCCAAAAUUAUGUAAAAAUGGAGUUAUUUUUAUAGAUAUUAUAAAUAGAAUGUUUGAGAAGGAUAAUACAAUAAAUGGUAUUUAUAGAAAUACAAAAGAUAUUACUUAAAUACGUAUAAAUUAUUAAAAAUUGUUUACGUUUUUAAAAAAUUAUGAAAAAUUUAACCCACGAUUUCUUUUAAAUAAUGAAGAUAUCUUUAUUUAGGGAAAUUGUGAUAUUUUUUGGGGUUUUCUUGAUGAUUUAAGAAUUUUUUUUUAAAAUAAAUAAAAUCAAAUUGAUGAAAGAAAUGAAAAAAAAAAAAAAACUAUGACAAAUCAAAGUUCAUUGAGUUAAAUAGGAAACAAAGAGUAAAGUUAUACACCUUAUAUUUAGCCUAGAUAAGAUAAAAUGAAAUAAAGUUAAAUAAAUUAAUAAUAAUAAUAAUUAUAAUAAUAAUAAUAAUAAUAAUAAUAAUAAUAAUAAUAUAUUUAAUAAUAAAAUUUAUAUAAAGAAAUCUAUUUAAAAAAAAGUAUGUUUUUACAUACUCCAAAAGGAAGUUAUUAUCAAGUAUAAAGAAGUCGUAUAAAUACAAAACAUAAUAAUAAUAAUAAUAAUAAUUCAAUUUAGAAAAUAAAUAAUUCUUUUAAAAAUAAUAAUAAUAAUUCAUUUAUAAAAAAUAAUAACAAUAAUUCAUCUUUUUUUUAAUUAUCUCCUAGAAAUUCCCACAGAAAUACAUCAUUAUCUUCUUUUUCUAAAAUAAUUUAUAUUGAUUCACAAAAAGAAUAAGAAGUUAAUUAAUUUUUAGAAAAAUUAGGUUUUUAAAAAUAUAUUCAAAAAAACUUUCUUAAUAUCAACCUUUCUUUUUUUAAAGAUCCUUUCCGAAAUGGAGUUCUUCUUUGUAAUAUAAUAAACAAACUUUUCCAAAAUUCUCAAUCAUAAUCUUUUUAUUAAGAUCCUUAAAAUAUUCAUUAAUGUUAAUUUAACAUGGAAUAUUUCCUGAAUUUCGCUUAUUUAUAAAAUCUUGAAAUUCCUCCAAUUUUUACUACAAACAAAUGCGAAAAUAUUCUAAAAGGAGACUAUUAAUCUUUAUAUGGUCUAUUAUAUUACAUAUAUAAAAAAACAGCCUAAAAAAAUGUUGCCCAAAACAAUAACAGUUUUAUAAGCUAAAAUAAUAAAAAAAAUACACUUUUUAAUACUUAAGAAGCCUAGUAAUGUGUUUUGCCUUAUACAUAAUGUUAAAUAGAUAAACUUUAAGAAAAUCUAGUUAAAUGGGUAAAUUGGAAAACCGGAAAAAAUUAUUAAAAUUUUGGACAAGUAUGUGGUUAAAUUAAAAAUGGAGUACUUUUAUGUACAUUAAUAUCAAACAUAAUAAAAAUUAAUAUAUAACCUUCCCAUUAAAAUCCGAAUAAUUAUUAAAAUUAAAUAGCCAAUAUUUUGAAAGGUUUGAAACCAUUAAGACAAAAUGCAAAUAUAGGAUAAAAAUUUUUAUGGAAAGAAGAUUAAAUUGCGGAUAAUAAUUAAAUGUUUAUUGUUGGAUUUUUGGAAGAUUUAAGAAUUUAUAGUGAUGGGAUGCCUGCUAGGAGUGGUAACGAUUAUUUUAAAGAAGGACCUUAUUUUGGACCAGCUAUUAUAUUAAAUUAAUUUGAAGAAAUUUAAUAAAAAAAUGGUAGUUUAAAUAAAUAAGAUAGUACAUCUUAUAAUCCCUAAGAAAUUAAUAAUAUUGAAUUAAUUAAUAAAUGGUUUAAGGAUAUAGGAUUUUAAACACUAAAAGUUAAUUUUAAUAAAGAUAUUAUAGAAGAAUUUAAAGAUGGGUUAAUUAUUUGUUAAAUAAUCGAAAAAUUAGAUUAAAUAUAAAUAUAGGGAAUUAUAAAUAAUGCAAAUACUAUGGCUAGUUGCUUAGUUAAUUUAAGAAAAUGCAUUCAAAUCUUAAAAUAAAAAGCAGAUUUUGACUCUAGAUUAUUAUUAGAUGAAUAAUAAAUAUAUUAAUGCAAAAAAUAGUUUAUUAUUUAGUUUUUAUUAGAACUUAAGAAAUGCUUUAAAAACAAAACUAGGUAUAUUUAGAAAUUAUAAAAAAGUACUUAUAAUAGUCUUCCUUUUUAAAAAUCUUUAAAAUGA